GCUUGUCGCUAUCAAUGCAGGCUUGUGUGUGAUGAGUUUCGCCCGGGGUUCCGUCUUUAAAUGUCAUAAUGCGGCGAUAUAUUCGUGCGCUGCUUAUGUGCACAGUGUUCGCCGUGUUUUCCGCAUUGUACGUUUAUAGUAAGCUGUUCGAAACGGACUUGUCGCCUGGGAAAAACGAAGCGAGGAGGAUUUACGUCCCCCCGAGAAUCCCGGGACUCAGGGAGGGGGACCCGGACAAAACAGGGCAACAAAGCUCACACCGACACAACAGGUACAUCAUGCGUCAGCGGGGGCAGCUGGAAGCCGGCACCCAGAGCAGACCCCCCAUGCACUUGGCUGUGGUGGCCUGCGGCGAGCGCCUGGAGGAGACUCUCAAUAUGUUCAAGUCGGCCGUGCUUUUUAGCGUCGACCAACUCCAGCUGCACAUUUUUGCUGAGGAUCAGCUGCACGCCGGCUUCACGGAAGCUGUGAGUAAUGAAUACAGGCUUGGGUUUUGCAUGCUUAUUAACGAAACAUUGUUUCUUGCAUUGCAGCUUGAAUCCUGGCCGGCUUUUAUACACUCCAGGUUUAACUACACAGUCUACCCCAUCAGCUUCCCCAGCGAGAAUGCAGCCGAGUGGAAAAAACUCUUCAAACCCUGCGCUUCACAACGACUUUUUCUACCUAUCAUCCUGAAGGACGUUGACUCCCUAGUCUACGUGGACUCGGACAUCCUCUUCCUGCAGCCCGUAGACCGCUUGUGGGCCUUUCUGUCCCAGUUCGAUGCGUUGCAGCUCGCCGCCAUGGCCCCGGAGCACGAAGAGCCCCGCAUCGCUUGGUACAACCGCUUCGCCCGGCACCCCUAUUACGGGAAGACGGGCAUCAACUCGGGGGUGAUGCUCAUGAACCUCACAAGGAUGAGGAAUGUGUUUUUUAAAAAUGAUAUGACAUCGGUGGGGCUCCGAUGGGAGGAGCUUCUGAUGCCUCUACUUCAAAAAUACAAACUUAACAUAACAUGGGGAGACCAGGAUCUGCUUAAUAUCAUUUUCCACUAUAAUCCUGAGUUCUUGCUGGAGUAUUCAUGCCAGUGGAACUACAGACCAGACCACUGCAUCUACGGCAGCAACUGUGCCACAGCCGAGGAGGCCGGCAUCUACAUACUGCACGGAAACAGAGGUGUAUAUCACGACCACAAGCAACCCGCCUUCAGAUCGGUCUACGAUGCCAUACGGAAGUACUCGUUUGGCGCCGACCCCGUGACCUCCCUGCUGGCUCCCCUGGAGAAGCAACUUCUGAAGACGACUCACACCUACUGCGGUAAAUCCCACACCCUUUUCACCAAGGCCAUGGUGCACAGCCUGGCCAACGUCAACAGGAAGAGCCCGCUUGUGCGGUGACACAAAAACGUAUUCAUAUUUCAUACAUUGUUUUAAACUUGAAUUUAUUCUCUUCUACUCCUGUUAAUGGCUAAAAAGAAAUUAGUCACAAUGCAAAAAAAAAAAAGAGAAUUACUUCACUUUCCAUAUUGGAGACAUAAAGUAGUGAAUGAUGCAUUUAAGUGCAUUAAAGAAGAAAAAUAAGUGUUUUUACAAUAAUGGUACUGUGCUGCAAAAAAAUACUCUCCAAGCCAAAGUUUGUUUGUUACAACAUUACUGAAUGUAUUUUGAACACUAAAUGUUGACAUUUUUGUUAUGAAUUUAUGCACUGUCAAGUUUUAUUGUGAUGUGAUAUUUUAUAAGAGGAAAAAAACAAAAUAAACUGUCAUCUCCCUUUUA